AUGACAGCGGGGAGGCCCGAGUGCGAAUCGCGGCCGCGGAGUAAGACAAAGGUCCGUCUGACACCGGGCCCGAGCCGGGGCGGCCCGCUUCGGCCUUCCGCGGCGUCCGUCCCCACGGCCCGGCUGGAGCGCGGAGGCCGGAGAAGAGUCUCUGCGGUCGUCGGGGACACGACGCGCGCGAGUCCUGCAAACCUCCGACGACCGCAGCGGCCCGCGGCGCUCCGGGGCACGUCCAGUCCCGGCCGCGGCUCCGGCUCUCUGCUCCGCGGGGACCCCGCGCCCCGCCGGCCGCUCGCCACGGGGUGUCCGUCCGUCCCACAAGCAAAGCGGACGCCGGAGCGCGUGCGGCCCGAGCACAGCCCGCGAGCUGGACACCGCGGGCCCCGCGGGCUCGACCGCCAGCCCCGGAGGCGACCGCGCGAGGGUCCCCGGCCGACAGCGAGGCCCGACGCCCGCCGGGCGCCCCCGCAACGAGCUGGAGCCGGACGCCCCGCGUCCCGGCCAGGCCCCGCCGGCCACGCGCUCCGAGACGGGCCGGACGCCGCCACCCGCGGGCCCGGGGUCCGGGGCACACCCCGCCGCGAGGAGCGCUCGGCCCGGUCCGCCCGCGGAGCCCAACGCGCCCCCGAGCCCCGGCGUCCCGCGAACGCCGUCCGCGGCCCCGCGCCGCCCGCCCGCGCCGCUCACCUCCGGCCUGCGGAGGAAGACCCCGGCCGGGCCCGCGCCGCGCACCGCGGCGGCCACGUUCCAGCUCCCGGCGGCCGCGGCUCCCCCGCAGCAGCGCCUUCCCGACGCCGCCAGCUCCCGAGCGCCCCGACGGCCCCGCCGGCCACGCCUCCGACCACGCCCCUGGGCCCGAGUGCCCCUCCCUUCGGCCACGCCUCCGGUCACACCCCUACCGGCCCCUCCCUUCGGCCACGCCCCCGCACGAGCGCCCCGUCGACUGUGUCCCCGCACGCGGACGCCCCGCCCCCCAGACCACGCCCCUGCACGCACGCCCCUCCUUCCGGCCACGCCCCUGCACGAGGACGCCCCGCCGGCCACGCCCCCCGACCAGGCCCGCGCACGCGCGCCCCGCCGGCCACGCCCUUCAACCACGCCCCCGAGCCCCGCCCCUGUCGCCCUAGGCCCCGGGGCCCCGCGCGGCCGAGCGCAGAGCGGCCGAGGGAGGCGGAGGCGCGGCCGCUGCGCGCAGCCGGGGGCUUCGGCCGGGCCCGGCGCCUGCUGGCCGCCGCCUCGUGGCUGCCGCGCGUGGCGCUGGGGCUGGCGCGGGGCUCGGGGCCGCUGCUCACCGCGCUGCCGCCGCACCACUGCCGGCCGGACCCCGCGCUGCCGCCCCCCGCGCUGCUGGACGCCAGCGUGCCCCGCCUGGGCCCGGCGCGCGCCCCGAGCCCCUGCCUGCUGCUGCGCUACCCCGGCCCGCGGCCCGCUCCCCUCCCACCGCGCCCUGCCCGCACCUCCGCGCUCACAGGUGACCGGUGUUGCCCGCAGUGGGACCUCGUGUGCGAGGUCGGCUGGAAGGUGCCCCUGGGGCAGACGAGCCGCCGCCUGGGCUGGCCGCUGGGCUCGGUCCUCCUUGGUGCAGGCUGUGACCGGUUUGGACGUCGGGCUGUGUUUGUGGCCUCCCUGGUGCUGGCCACAGGCCUGGGGGCCAGUGAGGCCCUGGCCGCCAGCUUUCCUGCCCUGGUGGCUCUGAGGCUGCUUCAUGGGGGGGCCUUGGUGGGCUUUGGCCUGGCCCUGUACGUGGCUCGUCUGGAGCUGUGUGAACCCCCUCACCGCCUGGCAUUCUCCGUGGCAGGUGGCCUCUUCUCGGUGCUGGGCGCCCUGCUGCUGCCCGGCCUGGCCCUGCUUGCACAGGACUGGCGCCUUCUGCAGGGGCUGAGCGCCCUGGUCACAGGGCUCUUGCUCCUGUUCUGGGGGUUCCCAUCGCUGUUCCCGGAGUCUCCCCGCUGGCUGCUGGCCACGGGCAGGAAGAUCCUGGGGCACUUUGCGGGAGCCGGGGGCAUGGACCCCGAGGACAGCCUGGAGGAGGAGAGCCCCCUGGCUAGGGUAACACGCACCGAACUGGACAUGCCGGCUGCAGGGGGCCCCCAGCAGUACCACUCCGUCCUGGAACUCCGGCACACCUGCGUCGCCUGGAGGAACGGACUCAUCCUGGGCUUCAGUUCGCUGAUGUGCGGGGGCGUCCGGGCCAGCUUCCUGCGCAGCCUGACCCUGAGGGAGCCCACCUUCUACCAGCCCUACUUCCUGGGCGCUGGCCUGGGCGCAGGAGCCAGCGUGUUCCUGCUGCUGACGGGGGACCGCUGGGGACCACGCCCAGUCCUCUUGCUGGGGACCCUGGCCAUGGGCUUGGCGUCCCUGCUGCUCCUAGCCGGGACCAACCUGCCAGAAUGGACCCUGCUGUGCUUCUCUGCCCUGGGCCUCCUGGCUUCCCAGGCCGCGUCUGCCGUCAGCGCUCUCCCGGCCGCAGAGGCCCUCCCCACGGUGAUCAGGGGGGCCGGGCUGGGCCUCAUGCUGGGGGCCGGCUUCCUGGGCCAGGCGGCCGCCCCCCUGGCCGACCUGCCGGGCCGGCGCGGCUUCUUCCUGCACCACGUGGUGCUGGCCUCCUUCGGGGUCCUGGCGCUGCUGCUGCUGCUGCUGCCCAUCCCCUGCCCGGCGGGGCAGCCCCCGGCCCAGGAGAGCUGA